AUGAAUCAGAAACAUGACAUUUUAGACAGCGCGGUUCCCGGAACAACAUUUCCAAAGUCUGAAGAAGGAGUAGAUGUAGGAUUCUACAUAGCACAGGGACAGAUGGGACCGAUCUCCUGCCACUUUGGCCUCCUGGUUGCAAGUCUUUUUCUGAGGCGAAGCUCCGCACGACCAGAAAGUUAUGACACCAACUGCGAUGGCAAAACCCGUUGUUAUAAGACAUGCCCCAGUGAGUGGAUGUUCUAUAUGAAGAGCUGUUAUGGAUUCUUCUCUGAAAAUGUCCCCUGGUCUGAGGCUGAGAUUCAGUGCUUUAAACAUGGCUCUGGACAUCUGGCUUCCAUCCUCGAUCAGAAAGAGAUGGAUGCAGUGGCCAAAUACAUUGCCUCUAAAAAUGAAGGUUCUGAUCAUGUCUGGAUUGGACUGAAUGAUCCUCGUGAAAACAGGCGAUGGAGGUGGACAGACCUGUCCUUAUCGCCAUUUCUGCCUUGGGAUGGGGCAGAACCAAACAACCAGGACGGCAAAGAAUUCUGCGUUCAUCUGUCUGCCCAAACAGGAUUCAAGCGUUGGAAUGAUGCAGACUGUUCUUUGGAAAUGGCUUUCAUCUGCAAAUAUGAUCUCUAAUGGAAUCAGGUCUUCAUGGAGAACUAUAGCUACUGGAAACAAUGAGUCUGACCAAGAUUUUUCUUGGAUGCCCAGGAUUCCCUUGGUCCCAAUCCUCCUGUAUCCCAAACCUCUAUCCAUGCAGGGAAUCAUUUUUCUGUUCCAAUAAAGUCUCAUGCAACUUGUGACAUUCCUUUUCUUCUUUCUCUACAAGAAUGGACUUCAUGGGCUACUAUUACAUGUUUAUUCUUGAGCUGUUUUUCUAGGCUAAAGUGUCCAGCAA